AUGUCUAACUAUUCACCGGAAAUAGCCAAGCUAAUUUCAGAAGGGUCCAGGGCUUAUUCAUCCAAGGAUUUUGAGCUUGCAUCCGAGAAGUAUGGGGAAGCAUGCGAAGAGUAUUCCAAAACUCAUCAAGGUAAUGAAGACGCAGAUUUGUUGUUUCUAUACGGUAAAGCAGUUUUUCAAAGUGGUGUAAGUAAAUCAGAAGUGUUUGGUGGAAAGCCUGCUGAGCAAGACUUAGAAAACGAAAAUAGUGAAUCAAAAGAGGAAGAUAGUAAACCAGAAACAGAUAAAACCGAUGAUACUUUCCAAUUCUACGCUGAUGGAGAUGGAGAUGAAGAAGAUGGCGAUGCAAAUGUUUUCCAAGAGCAAGGCGAAGAAAAAGAUGAACCAAAUGAAGACGAAAAUAAUGAUGAUGAUGCGAACAAAAGCGAUUUUGAGGUUGCUUGGGAAUUGUUGGAUUUGGCCAGAGCCUUGUUUGAAGAGAAACUUGAGUCUUUGGAUAAAGGGGAUUUGAAGCCACCAUAUUUGGCACAAGACACGGAAGAAAGUAACAACGACUAUGUAGUGGCGUUAAAAAAAUUAUCAGAAACGUAUGAUAUUCUAGGAGAAGUGUCAUUGGAGGCAGAGAACUUUAAUCAAGCAGCUGAAGAUUUGAGAAAAUGUUUAGACUUGAGACUAGAACUAUUUUCAGAUUCAUCGUCUUUAAUAUCUGAAUCGCAUUACAAAUUAGCUUUGGCUUUGGAAUUCCAAUCUGACGAUUCCAGUCUGAGAAAAAAUGCUGCUGAGCAAAUGAAAUUGGCAAUUGAAUCUGUUGAAAGAAGAAACCAAACUGAAAAAGACGACUCUAGAAAGAAGGAUAACCAAGAAAUUAUUGAUGAGAUGAGGGAAAAGUAUCAAGAUUUGUUAAAAGAUCCUUCAGAAGAAAUAAAGAAACAACAGUUGGAUAUAAUUAAAGGGAUUUUGGGUGAGGAGGCAUCUGGCAGUGAACAAAGUGCAGGGGCAGCUAUAGUUAACAAUCUUCAAACCAUGGUGAAAAAGAAACAAAAACCUGAAGAAACAAAACCUGUGGUUAAUGAUUUAUCUGGUAUGGUUAGAAAAAGAAAAAAACAGGACUCCAACGAUGACAAGACGAAAAAGCCCAAAUCUGAAUAG